AACAUGGAGGAUGAAGUUGAUUGAAGAGGCUGCUGUAUUUUUGUGCUCUGAUGUACCCAAAUAUCACAGCUGUUAGUUUGGCUAGAUCAUUGCCUGUCUUGGGAAGAAUUUAGGCAGUAUAUUUUCUCUAGUGUGACAGGUUCUAGAACUCAGUGGCGGUGUUUUGGAGCGGCUCGAGGAGGAGCAGCAGCAGCAGCAGCGAUGGAGGGGUUCGGGACUAUAACCUUCCCCAUGUUAGCAGACGAAGAAGAGAGCUGCAGUGCCUCUGCUGUACCAAGUAACGGUAGCUUUUACAGCACUCUACUGCAGGGUGUUUUCGUUGAAGGGUGCAUGGACUCUGCAUCAGAAGACCGUAUGGCGUCCCUAUGCCAGAGUCAGCAGCAGUGUGUGAAGGCCUCCAUCGUGUCCAGCUGGCAGCUGGUGGAGGCUCAGGACCAGCUGUGUGGGCUGGAGCUGCACGGCUCUGAGAGUGUUGAGCAGGAGCAUGCCCGCGCCAUUGCCAGCCAAUCAGAGCUCUCCCAGACGGAACAAGAGUGGCGCCGGAAGGAGAACAUGCUGGGAGGCAGCAGGAGCCCUGUGCUCAGUGCUGACAGCAGCCAGGAUGUGUUUGACAAGAGUAUUAUUAAUUCAAGAAGUAAAAACGUUGAAUUGGAGGAUCAUGACCAGAGCAAAACCUUUGUUCAGAAGUAUGAACAGGAAUUUAGAUAUUUCGGCAUGUUGCGGAGGUGGGAUGACAGCCAGCGGUUCCUGUCUGACCUGCCUCACCUCGUCUGUGAGGAGACUGCCAACUACCUGAUCCUCUGGUGCUUCAGACUACAGGCUGAAGAGAAAGAGGCGUUGAUGGAGCAGGUAGCUCACCAGGCUGUUGCUAUGCAGUUUAUCCUGGAGAUGGCCAGCACCUCCCAGCAGGACCCCAGAGGCUGCUUCCGUCACUUCUUCCACAAAGCCAAAGCAGGACAAGAGGGGUACUUGGAUGUAUUCCAUACUGAGCUAGAGGCCUUUAAGCAGAGAGUAAAAGAGCACACUGUCAAGUGCAAAGGAGAGACACUCCCUAACUUUACAGAGCACCAGGGCAGCACAGCACGCUGUCGCCCGGAACCCGGAGAAGUUCUAGAGUCUUUACCCCCUGAACUGAAGUCAGGGUUCCAGCUGCAAGACAUGCAGAUUCUCCAGAAUGUUCUCAGCACCAUGAAUCCACAGGUGGCAGAGUACCAUGUGAAGCGCUGUCUGGAGGCUGGCUUGUGGACCAACCGAGAAGGGAGAUGGUCCAAGGAGGACGCUACUUUAGAAACGGACGAUCUGCGCAUGAUGGAGACAUAACGAAUGUGGCGCAAGCGCCCUCCACCUCCCCGUCAUUUUCCCAUCAGUUCAUGACACUCAAUAGAAAUAUUACAAAAUGGAGGGGGAAAGGGCUGAGCUCCCACAGACUUAUUUUUGUAUGCUGCAGAAUCUGCGCUGGAAUGUGUCCUGCACUUUAUAUUUGGUUCAAAACAAACAAAAAUAUUUAAGGGAAGACCAUUGGUAGGUAUUUUGAAGCGCUUACUGUACCUUAUAUCGCUAAAGUAUGUCAUAUCUUGAAGGGAGUUUAAAACGGUUUUCAUCUACAGUAGGCUUGACUGGACCCGGCACAGUCCUUCCCUAGCGGGGGUGGGGGGGGGGGGGCCCCGAGCAUUAGAAUAAAACACGCUCUUGUUGUAAAUAAAAGUACACAUGUUUUUUUUAAUUGAAGAAACAAAAGGCCUGUUCCUGGACUCGUGGUUCUGCAGUGGACGUCUCCGACAUGCUGUCUAAAACUGCUAUGACACCUAGCGUAUGUGGUCCAAACUCUCCUUAACUUCCGUGUGUCCAGUUUGUCAUAAAUAGGCCAAACAUUGAUACUACCACGGUGUAGCUAUGGUGACAUAACCGUGCAAAGUGAUCAGUUGACUGCUGUGCCGAAUUCUUGUUUUUGUUACUGCUCGUCACUCACACAUCAACCAACCCUCAAAAAAAAAAUGUGUCACAUCACAGAAGAAUAAGCUUGUCAAACAUAUGUGUUUGGCUGCGAAACCUGCUCACAGACUUGAUUGUGGAAUAGAAUGAAAUGGUCAAACUUUCUGUCUGACGUAGCGUUGAUUAACAUCCUGUGUUAGGUUCUGCUUCGAUGCUCUGUUUUGAAAUAGAACAGCUUUAAAACAACUGUGUUCAGGGGAAAUGCUUUUCAUACCAGCCAUAUUGGGUACUUAGACUUUUGCAGAGCGUCCAAGGUCAACAUUAAAUGGAAAGCUGUUAGUUGCUUUUCACAAUUUUUAUUUUUAUUAUAUUAGUU